UACAUGUUUGAAACGGAAUAAAAUGACCUGUACAUGGUUUCUGUACUAUGUAUGUGCGACAUUGCCCCUGGAUGUUAAAGCUAUACAUGCAUCCGGAGGACUUUGUGGGAUUGAAAACGGAGCCAUCGAUUGUUGUACAGGAUUCCAUUUGGACAUGGUAAAACAGAUGUGUAUACCAUGUAAUGUUGGUUACUCUGGUAAAAACUGUGACACCAAGUGUGUCUUCCCUUCAUUUGGAAAAGACUGUAAGUCAACAUGCAACUGUAAAGAGAUAAACUGUGACCAUGCAGAAGGCUGUAAAAAUUCAGCAGGGAAAACUCUUUCAAACAUCUGUGAUGGGUAUGUGCUUUGCUUUCAUAUUAUACGUUUGUUGUUGUUGUCAGAAAAUCUGCUAGAAACAGAUUUUCUGAAAGUCAAUAUUUUCAAGCUAAUAAUUCUUGUAAAUCCUCGAUGUAGUGUAAACGGAAAGUUUUGUUGCUUCGGAUUCCAAUGGGACGGAGUAAAACAGAGUUGUAUACCUUGUGAAGCGGGUUACAGUGGAUAUAACUGUACAAUCAAGUGUGUAUACCCAUUGUACGGACAGGGAUGUCAGUCAAAAUGUAAAUGUACAAAGGAAGACUGCAAUUCUAUGUACGGCUGUAUAAACCAUACAGAAAACAUCUGUAUUGGAACAAACGGAAUUGAAUGCUGUCAGGGAUCCAAGUGGAAUAACGAAGAGACAAGAUGUAUCCCUUGUGUUAAGGGUUUCACUGGACACAACUGUAAUGUCAUUUGUCCUUUCCCUGCUUACGGUCUGGACUGCCAAUCAAUAUGUAAUUGUACAGAGAAAUCCUGUGAUCCUGGAGACGGGUGUAUAGGACAUACAACCGAAAAUGAAACCCAUAUUCCAAAUAACUCCACAUCAGCUGUUAACUGGAACAAUUACCAAAACGUAUCAACAGAUGGGAAGCAGCCAAUGUUAAUAAUAGGAAUCGGUGUUCUUGCAGCAGUGGCUUUAUUCAUUGUAACUGUUAUAUUCUAUACCUACCGACUGGAAAACGUCAAUAAAGAAACCGGGUCCAACAUUUAUUUUAGCGUUAAAUAGCGUUAGAUAGCAAGAGGUGUUUUGAAAAUGUGUAACAAAGCAACUAAAUAAAAUAUAUUGUU